AUGACGCAGCAAACACCAGUUCCCCCCCCAGUUUAUGGCCAACCGGCCCCCACGCCGGCACCACCACCUGCAGCCCCAGCUGCCGCUGCGACAACGUCGGCGGCAGGGGGUGCCAUGUCCAAUCAGAACCUGAAUCAAAUAGUUACGGACUACUUGCUUAAGAGGGGCUUUAACCGCACCGAAGAGAUCUUCCGCCAGGAGUCGAAGCAUCUCGGCUCAGAUGGUAAGCCUAUCCACCAGCCUGCGACUCUGGGGCCCAAGAAGUACGGCAAAGCAUAUCGGCUUCUAAAGAUGUGGGUUUUCAACAACCUCGACAUCUACAAGUUUGAGCUGUCCAAGCUGCUGUGGCCAGUCUUCGUCUACUCGUACAUCGCCCUGGUUGAAAGUGGUUAUACCGAGGACGCCAAAAUUUAUCUCAAAGACAUGGGCCCCCAGUUCCAGACGGCCCAUGCAGACGACCUCAAAACUUUUGCGACUGUCACACUACCAGCACAUACCGCUGAGAACCCCGUCAUUCAACUCUAUAAGAACAACAAGUACAGAAUCCCGCUGAACCAACAUGCCACCGGGGACUUGUUCAACUUUCUUGAGCGCGAGUCCGAGCAAGGCGGGGCAGUUAUCCGCCACAUCCUAGUCAAUCACUGCCAGAUUGACUCGACACAGCGCGGUCCCAUUACUCCGUUUAGCUUCGAGGCCGUCUUUCGCCGCGCCAAGAACUUGGAUAUGGAUGACAUUGAUACGAAGGAGGGCGUGCCUGGUAUCAAGCUGGGCCUUUCAAACAAGGAUGUUCUGGAUCCCGCUGCUCCUUUGCAGCUGGGGCCUUUCCCUAUGGAGGCUGAUUUGCGCGACGACAUUCGUGCCGAAAUCGAGGACGAAGAGAAGCGCAACCCCUCAGCGCCGGGUACCGCAACCCUUUUGGAAGAAUUUGAUCAAAAAAUCAAAAAGGAAGAAAGUGACGACGUUCCGAGCCGAGCCGACCUGCCCCUACCUCCGUCGAGACCGCGAGACAUUAUGCUAGAGAUGCAGAAGCUCCGCGAAAACAGAGACCGUUUCAAGAUUGAAGGGCGGACUGGAGGCGUCGGAGUUGCUGUCAGCGCCUGCAUGUUUACAUUCCACAACACCCUAGGGGGCGUUGCGUGCAUGGACUUUUCCGAUGACGGUCAACUCGUCGCCGCUGGCACGUCCGAAUCAUACAUCAGAGUUUGGUCCUUGGAUGGCAAAGCCCUGUCAUCAAUGAAUGCACAUGAAAAGGACUCCAAGUUCAACAGCAGGAAACUGAUUGGCCACUCUGGGCCUGUAUAUGAUGUCUCGUUCUCCGACUCGGCAGCUGGCGCACCCCAUCGACUGUUUGGAGACGAGGGCCAGCCGGGUGCUAAAAUUGAUACGAAGCCCAAGCUGCUGUUGUCUUGCUCUGCCGAUGGUCAGGUUAGACUUUGGUCUCUUGAAUCAUGGACGUGUCUCGCCGUGUACAAGUCUCAUGAUGGUCCAGUGUUUCGAGCCCAAUGGGGUCCUCACGGGCACUACUUCCUGAGCGGUGGCUACGACAAGACUCUCCGACUCUGGAUGCAAGAUCAUGCUUCGCCGCAGCGCUUAUUUGUUGGGCAUGACACAUCGAUUUCGGCGCUGACCUGGCAUCCUAACGGCAUGUACGCAUUUUCUGCCUCUGACGAAACCGACAAGUCCAUCCGCAUGUGGUCCGUCGUCACGGGUGCCUGCGUGCGAGUAUUCCCAGGACACACCGAUUAUAUCAGCGCUCUGGAAUGCGCGCCCAACGGCAAACUCCUUGCUAGUGCCGAUAUUGCUGGCAACAUCUUUUUCUGGGAUAUUGCCAAAGGUACACGCAUUAAGCGGUCCCGCGGUCACGGAAAGGGUGGCAUCUGGUCUCUGAGCUUUAGCGUCGAAUCCAAUGUGCUUGCCUCUGGCGGGCAAGAUGGGACCGUUCGUUUGUGGGACGUGGAAUCUCCCGCCGAUCCUCAGAAGGCGGCGCAACAAGCAGGCCUUGAUGCGAGUGCGCUUGCGGGUGCCGAGACUCUGAAUGCCGGUCCGCAAGAUGCUUCCCGAGCGGCUGGAGGCGCGACGCAGCAAGGAUCCGCCUCGGCAGGCCCGGUAGGCAGCUCCAAGAAGAAGGGCAAGGAGGUCAUGAUCACCCCGGACCAGAUCAGCGCAUUCCCUACUAAGAAGACGCCAGUCACCAAGGUCAAGUUUACAAGAAUGAACUUGGUAGUAGUGGGAGGCUGUUAUGAGCCUGAGCGGUAA